GUCAAAGUCCUUUUCACUCGCCAGCCCUGGUUAACGGGCGUCAGUUCAAAACUUUUCUCAGUGAAAUCGAAGCACGAACCGAAAUAGUUGUGAGCUAUCUUAAAUUACGGAAUUAACUAAUACGGGAUAAUCGAAAUGGCUGUUCAUGGUUUCAAGUCGUUUCUCGUCGCCAAUAAGCAGCACUUGCUGCACGCGAUUUCACUUUUCGUGAUUUCAAGUGUAAUAUUGUUCUUCAAACUGGACUACCAAGUUGCCGAGUCGGUGGUCAACAUUCUCGAUAUGAACGGCGGGCUGGACGCCGCCAGUAUUUUGAACCACCACGCCGCUAUUUGCAUCUACGGAUUGAGUCUAAUCAUGGUGGCAUUCGCUGUGUUCAAUCAACGUCGCUACCGAAUCUUCGGCACGAAUAUUGUGCUGCCGGAGGAAGAUGAAGCUCAGCAAUCUGAUGAGGAGGAGGUGAAUUAGGGCCUCUAGCACUAUUGAAGGACAACCAUUAUUCCAAAUUGAGCUCAAAAUAAAGUCAUUGUUGAGAA